GAAGCGCUUCGAAGCCCAGCUGCGCUACCUCGUGCAAGCACGCUACACUGUCUUGUGUCUUGUCUCGACGUCUUGAAGACAUAAGAAAUGGCACGGAAUUACUCAAAUGUACCGCCAAAGCAGCAGGAUUUCAUAAACAGCCAGAGACCAGCGAGUACCAUGAUUGUGGUGGGUCUGGGAGUGGCUGCAGCAGCAUUUACAGCCCGAGCAGCCAUCCGGUGGUCCAAGCCUCUUAUGGAGAGUGCCAAGAAGUUUGAAAAGGCAGUACCGCUGUUGAACAGUCACUACUACAGAGGUGGUUUUGAACCAAAGAUGACAAAGAGAGAAGCAGCACUUGUAUUAGGAGUCAGUCCAUCAGCUAAUACGAAGAAGAUGCGGGAGGCACACAGGAGAAUUAUGCUGCUCAACCAUCCAGACAGAGGUGGAUCACCUUACCUUGCUGCAAAGAUAAAUGAGGCAAAAGAUCUGUUAGAAGGAGGUGGUACCAAGAGCCCGCUGCGGUGAUGCUACAAGAGUAAACAUGCAGCCUAAUAGUAUGUAGAAUGCAGGGAUGGUCUUCCAUGGUAGUUGUUGUCACCUUUGCAUCCCAUUCAGAUACAGAAUGUCUAAAUGCUGUACAGUUCAAAUCUGUGUUAUGUUUUAUGUACAUGUGGUGAAAUUCACAGACAGGAAGCUGAUAUAUCAAAAUAACAUAUAAUCCUUUGACAUGUUAAAUCUCAAAUACUUCUACAUUUUGAAUGAGAAACACAAGCUCAACCUCAAGCAAUUCAAAGUUGUGAAAGAUCAUGUACGAGUACUACAAGCAUUGUGCAGUCAACAGAAUAUGAUUUGUUACAGAAAAAAUUACCCUUGUCAUGAUCAUCUGAUAAAUCAACUACCUUCAAAAAUACACUUAUACCAACUUAAGUCAACAACCUUUUAAUUUGAAAAGUGGAUUGAGUUUUGUUGCUAGGAAAGCCAUUUGUACAUAUUCCUAAUAUGUGUAUAGCUGAAUCAACUACCAGUAGCAUCAUACUUUGCUUCACUGAAGGGCAGUUUUACUGGCUAUUUAGAUACAAGUACAAAUGUUACAAAGAAAUUGCAUUUGUAUGUCACUUUGUUCUCUGAAUGCCUCGAGUGUCAUAUGUAUUAAAAAGGUCAGCAAUGUC